AUGGACCACAACACAUCAUUCGCCCGAGCUGCCACCCGCUCCGCUUCGGCCACAUCCGCGUUCCAGACACCGGAGAUCAUCUUCAACAUCGUCCCGAGUGACGAAGGACCAGCUCUUCUCGCCCUUGUCUAUCUAUAUUGCAUCGCUUUGGGCGCUGUGACUGUCGAGCUUUUCAAUCACCUCGACUACGACAUACGGCUAAUUCGAAAGCCAGGCUGGACCCAGCCUGCCAAGCUGAUCUCAAGGAUAGCCUACCUCCUUUGCCGAGUAUUACCACCGACCGCGAUCUCCAUGUUUCUCUUUGACCUCUCGCUGAAGCGCAUAAAUUGCGCCGGUAUCACACAAGCGAUCGGCAUCCUGAGCAUGUUGCUCUUUGCCUCGGUUGCAUUGAUCAUGGCGCAGAGGACCAUGGCCGUGUACGCGUGGAAACGUUCAUUGGUCAUUCCCCUCACGGUCUUCUACCUCAUCCUUGUGGCUAGCAUGGCAACGUCUGUGCCCUUCUGGACCGUUGGCCGCCGCCUUCCCUUCUUCGGCUUCUGCGUCGUAGACGACAGACGGUAUGAGACCAGGACGAUCGUCACCAAUGUGGUCUACAAGUCCCUCGGCCUGGUCUUUGAUGUCACUCUUCUCCUCAUCAUGCUGCAUCGGCUGCUGGAAGGUGGUCUUCCAUCUCUCUGGCUCAAGAGAAACGCACAACGCAACCCCCCUGACUGGCAAGGACAGGGCAUCUCCAGCCUGUUGAUCCGUCAAGGAAUCCAGGUCUUUGUGCUGCAGCUGGCAUGCGAUGUGUUCCUUGCAGCAACAUGGCUCGGCUUCAAGAGCCUGAUAUUGCAAGGCAUUGGCACUCCCUUUUCCUUCAGCAUACCUCCUAUCGCCGCCACGGCAGCUUUCAGAGAGAUUGGCGAGACGCGUCGCAACAUGAACCACAAUACGGAAAGGGUGAACGAGCUCAUGGACUCGAUGGUCGAGCCUCUGGACGACCGAUCGCGCAAUCCCUCCACCGGCAAAGCUUCUGUCCAGACGCCGCGACCGUCACCGAGCGCCAAGUUGCACGCAAGCGGCGCCGCCUCCGCCACCGAGUCUGCUCAGGGGUCGACGCUAGUACAAGCGACGUCCAGGCACUACAUUGCCUGA